UCUAUGAAGUGCUUUAUCUCAAUAGAAAUGUAUAUAUAGUUUCCUUGUCACACUGAAACUAUGCUGGUGUAUUUAUAUUUUGUUUUUAAGACAUGCAUGGGCGGAAGGGUUAGAGUCUUUUAAAGAGCCAUAUAUCAAGUAUAUAUGUCCAACUGCCCCUACAAUACCUGUGACACUGAAUAAUGGCUACAGAAUGCCAGCAUGGUUUGAUAUUGCAUCAUUAUCUUUUUCUGGUGGUGAGGAUGAACCUGGAAUCACUAGCUCAUCCAAACAAAUACAAACGCUUAUUGAAGAAGAAGUGAAAUCUGGAAUUGAUCGCUCAAGGAUCAUCAUUGGUGGCUUCUCACAAGGGGGCGCUGUUGCAUUGUACUCUGCUCUGACUAAUCCACAACCUAUAGGCGGGGCAGUUUGUCUGAGUAGCUGGCUACCUCUUCAUGCAUCAUUUCCAGAUGCUUGUAAGGGUAACAAAACUUUUCCAAUCCUUCAGUGCCAUGGUGAUUCUGAUCCUAUGGUAAAUUACACAUAUGGACAAAUGACUGCUGCUGUAGUAUCUAAGAUGUGCUCAAAAUACACUUUUACGACAUAUCCUGGUCUAGGGCACAGUUCAAACCCAAGGGAAAUGAUAGAUGUGAAGAACUUUAUCUCCAAAACUUUACCACCAAUUCCCUAGAAUAAUCCUGUGAUGUCAACUUAAUAUACUUAUCAAUUUCACAUCAGGAAAUAUUAAGGAUACAAAAAGCUGUCUCCUCUAGGCCUAUCGUUGUGUCAUCAAGUGUAAGGACUGCAGUCAAGGAUGCCACAGUGGUGGAAAAACAGUGUUUUUAAUUAAUAUCUACUUGAUGUGUUCUCUUUGUUUAUUAUAAAUUAUAUCUAUGGGGUACUCAGUGUGCUUACUGAAAACUUAAGUUAUCCAUAGUAACUAAGUAUAUACGGAUCAGACCAGAAAAACCGAUUGUGUUGCUCAAGCCCAACCAAUUGAAAAUCUGAAAAUAUAGAGUCUGGUGUUUUUUUUUUGACAAAAUUAUAUUUUGUUUUUACAAAGGAUGAUAUUUAGUACUUACUUCUUGGUAUUUGCCAUUUCAUGGCCAGAAUAUCUGACUGCCCUUUAUUGAGAACACCUGACAAAGUCACUGCUUGAUUUUCGUUUAAGGAAGGCAGAGAUCAAGAGGUGUUUUGCAAUGUUUUAUUAACUUAUAUUAAGUUAUGUGAAGUAUUGUUAACAUAUUUAGUAAUCAACAUUCUAUUUAAAAAAACCUUACCAAAAGAUUUUUGCCCUAACAGAAGUACAUGUGGUGAGUAAUUUUAUUGGUUGAUUAUGAACCUAGGCCUUUUUAUUGAAAAAAAAAAAUCUUGGCCAACUGACUGACUCCUUUUCAAAAUUAUGUAAAAGUACUUGGGCAACACAACGUUUUUUUAGGUCUAUGUGUGUCUACGGUAAGCUGAGAUUAUCUAGCGUUAAAAUGUUGAAUUGAGUCUGUGUUGAACAGAUGCUAUGUGCAAGGUUAACUAUGUGCUUCUAUUGUGUGCUGUGUUGAUUACAGCAUCUUUAACCUAUGACCUUAAAAACUUUAGUUUUUAUUGUUAUUUCUCAAAUUGAUAUAGUGUAAUUGUGAAGUACUUGAAGACAUUUUUUGCCCAAAUUUUAGAAACAGAACUUAAUUAAUCCGGGUAAUUAGGUGUUAAAUAUAUACAGUUGAACUUGCCUUUUGAAGUCGAAUCCAAAAUGACAUUGAAAAAUUGUUUGACUUAGAUAAAAUUUGACUUACAGAUUGUUAAAUAGUGGAUAACACACCAAUUUGGGAUGUAAAAUAAGACCGACUCAGAAAUUAAUCGACUUAGGCGAAGUCAACUUAAGCAAGUUUAACUGUAAUUACUGUAGAUAUUAUCUACGUACAUAGACCUAUAAUGUUUUUGUAAAUUUAAAUAAGACCUACAUUCAUUUGUUUUUUUUUGGGUGGUUGUUGCUACCACAAAAGUAUAAUGUUUACAACAAGAAUGUAUAAAAAAAUAAGGAAAGACUAUUCAAGGGACUAUGCUGAUGACUAGGUAAUCCAAUAUUCCUAACUAACUGAUACACACUCUUAAAACUAGGCUCUGUAAGAAAAUGGUGUUGGUAUUUUUACACAAUGUCUAAGAUUAUUUAUUAGUAUAACAUACAGUACCAACUUUUUCCAUGUGAUUGACUUUUAGGUUAUGUACAAAUAAUCAUCAAAGAAAGGUAAAUACAGUGUUCGAACAAAGGACAUAAUAAUAUGUUGCAUGCUUCAUAAAGAUAAUGUUAUCUCAGUGAUUACAAUGUAUUAUAACAUUAUCAACAACACGGUUGUACAAUAUAUACAUAUGGUAUUAAACAUUUCUCUGUAGUUUAGCUGAACUUGGCUACUUAUAACAUGUUACUCGGUAGCCUACCACGUAAUCGGUAAAACUGUUUUACCUGUACAGUGUAUAUAGACAUUUAUAUACGAUCUUGUUACCAAAGGAGGCAAAGGCACUUGGAAAGGUCUCGGGCAGUAAUUCACAAUCAGUGGCAUAUCUAGGGGUGUGUGGGGGACUUCCCAAAAAUAGCUCGAAGCCAAAACAUUACACUCUAGUAGUUCAAAAUUACCUUAUUUUGAGAACUAGCCUCACCUAAUCAGUCUCCCCGUUUCAAGACUCCGAGAUGCACCACUGUGCACUAUGCACACCAAGUGGCAGCACUUUUAGGGGAUAAGAGGGUAUAAUUUAAGGUGAAAGGUUGUAACAAGACAUUUUUAUUGGAUUUUACAUAAUAAUAAUAAAAAUAAUAAUGUCAUGUGUUUCAACAGCUCGUCAUACCCGAUUAGUUGUGCCCAUGAAAAAAUCUCUGCUUUCAUUAUGUAGUUACAUUGUACAGAUAAUUAUGUAAUGCAUUGUUUCAUAAGUAUGUCUUUCUAUCCUUGUCUGAUAAGAAGAUGAAAUGCUUUCACAUAAACUCAAACCUUUCAUUUUGUUUAAAAUGUUCAAUAAAUCAACAUAUUUGUCAACUCA